CAUCAACUUUCCUGAUAUACCUCAACAGCUGUGGUCUGAGCCACAGCCCUCCUCGCUCAACGCAACACGGGGAGAGGGAGUGUGUAAAAAAACUAGGGCACUGUUCUCUGGCCCCUUUUUUCAAACAAGCAGCAGAAAUUUGUGGAGAGCAAGAAGGAGUAGAGAAACAGCAGGGAGCUGUAAAUUGUUGUUGUUGUUGCUGUUGAGCAGAGAACCCAGAACCCCACAGUCCCCAAAAGCCAAGUGCCACAGGGGGGGCCUUGUUUCUGGAGGAAGAAGCAAAAAAAAAAAAAAAAAAAAAGACAGAAGCAAAACCAAUCAAGCAAGUGAUCGAACAAACAGGCCAUCAUGCUGGAGGACAAGAGGACAAAGGUUAAGAUCACCUUCUUCAUUAUCCUGGUGGGCAUCGCAUGCAUUUUCACUGCAGUGGUGACGGAUUACUGGGCAGUUCUGAGCCCCCGGGUGGAGAAGCUGAACACCACCUGUGAGGCGGCCCAUUUUGGGCUCUGGAGGCUCUGUAAGAAGACCAUCUUCAUUGUGGAUGAAGACUACAAGGGCAAGGGCUGUGGCCCCAUCAGCCUGGGUGGAGACCACAACUGCUCCUACUUCAAACACUUCACUCCAGGACAAGAUGCAGAAGUUUUUGAAGUGUUAACUCAAAAAGAGUACAACAUCUCAGCAGCAGCCAUCUCCAUCUUCUGCCUGGUCUUCAUCAUUCUGGGCACACUGUGCAUCCUGGCCUCCUUCAGGAAGGGCAAGGACUACCUUCUGAAACCAGCUGGCAUGUUCUAUGCCUUUGCAGGACUUUGCACCAUCAUCUCGGUAGAGGUGAUGCGCCAGUCUGUGAAGAGGAUGAUUGACAGCAACGAGACCAUCUGGAUCGAGUACUACUACUCCUGGUCCUUCGCGUGCGCCUGUGCGGCCUUCGUCCUCCUCUUCCUCAGCGGAAUCGGUCUCCUCCUCAUUUCCAUGCCUCAGAUGCCACGCAACCCUUGGGAAACCUGUAUGGACGCCGAGCCGGAGCCCAUAGAGUAGCUGAGAGAAAGUACGACAGCAGACGCUGUGUUGCAGUCUUUACAAAGAUCACGAUAAGUUACACAAGCAGGUCACGAAGGAUUAAAGCAUUGUUUGUAGGUAGUGACAAAAAAAUGAGAUGCUCAACUAUUUAAGACACGUAUUUUCGGUGAGAAAUCAUGAACUGGUAUCUUAUGUUUGAAGCAAUUAACUCGGUUCUACAUACUCUGUGUUUUGUGUGAUUUUUCUGUACAUAUAUGUCCCCUUUGUAAUUGAAAUGGUUCUUGUGCUUUGGGGAAUUUUCAUUGUAGGCAUACUCUCAGAUAUGCAAUAAUCCUCCAAAAGGAGUCUUAGAUUUUGAAGUUUGAUAUGGAAAUAUUUUCUUAAAUAAAGCCGAACCAUAUCAAAUUACAGGACACAGGUAUUUUUUAAAAUAUGGGACAUUUAAUAUCAAGAUCUAAGUGCCCAUUGAAUGCCAUUUACAGGUGCUCAUAUCAUGGCCUAAUUAGCAUUGGGCACUAGUAAAAUCUUAUUCUUGUACGGUUUGGGCAAAUUGAUGACUGGCAGAUUACACAACUGAAUAUUGUUGCUUUCUUUUUAAGCUAUUAAAGGGGUAUUUUUAUAUAAUUUCACAAUAUCUGAGAGCCUCUAAUGACCAGCAUGCUAGAGAAGGAAUGACAUAUAAUCAAACUGAGCCAUCUCAGGCUGGGAUAAGCAGGACAGCAGAGGCCUGUUUUACGUUAGUAUUUGAGGAGACUGUUUUGAAUGUUAAUGCCCAGUCUUUCUGAAACAUUGAACGCUUGUGCAGCCAUGUUGGACAGGGUUCAAGAUUUGCAGGUGCUCAUAAAAAGCAAGAAAAUUCAACGGGUUUUUAAGUUGCUUUUUACAGAAGACAAGCAAGCAUAAUUCCUUUUUUCCCCAUUUAUCAGCAAUUCCUAUGUUGGUGAAGCCAGCCUUUUUCUCCUUUUUAAAUGAGGGAAUUCAGUUUCAAUUCCACUCUUUUAAGCCAUUCUUUAUCAAUUGGUGGCAUUUAUCUAGGGGCUGUUUUAAUCAGCUCUCCCACACUUGAGAUGAAAAAAAUCACUUUAAUGGAAACCGUUUUUAACAGAAGCAAUAUUUUCAUCUUUCCUAACAAGAGCACUUCAUACAUGCUGCAUGUUUUGUCCCCUUCGUAAAUGUUUCAGACUUCAGGCUGGGGCUAAAUAUCCUCACUUCACUUCUUGUGUGCAGGAACACAAUAUGCACGAUUGGUCCAAACUGCUGAGAAAUCUUCUGCAGAAGAUGCACAAGGAUAAAGAAAUGGAUGCACAAGCCCAUUAAGUAGUAUGUUUUGUACAGGGGGGGAAGGAAUCGCUUUUGUAUUAUUCAAUAGCAGCAUUGUUCUGUCUGCUCAGAUUCUCUUGAUGCAGCAAUAAGCAUGCCAGUUUCCUCCAACAAGCUACCGCUUCUGAUGCUUUUCUCCCUGGAUGAUAUUUAUUUGAAUGGAGGGGGGACUACAGACAGCAUAAGAGUCAGUCCACUUCACAAACGAAAGGACAGAAAAGGCACAAACAGCAUCAGCAGUUUCUCUGGAACCCUUUAGGAUUUUGGCAUGUGGAAAUACAAAAUAUAGGUAGACUCUGUCAAAAAGAACUCUUUGGGAUGUGUACAUGUUUUGACCUAACCACACAAUCAGAUGUAUUUUUAAUGAGAAUAAAUUCAUUGAAUUCAUGUAUUGACGAA